AUGUUUGUGAUGGGUGUGAACCAUGGGAAGUAUGACAGCUCGCUCAAGAUCGUCGGCCGUGCUUCCUGCACCACCGACUGCUUAGCCCCCCCCACCCCCACCCCCAAAGUCACCCACGGCAACUUUGGCACUGUGGAAGGACUCAUGAUCCCAAACAGUCCAUGCCAUCACCGUCACUUAGAAGACUGUGGAUGGCCCCCUGGGAAGAUGUGUCCUGACGGCCAUGGGGCUGCCCAGAGCAUCAUCCCUGCAUCCAUUGCUGCUGCCAAGGCUGUGGGCAAGGUCAUCCUAGAGCUGAACGGGGAGCUCACCGGCAUGGCAUCUGUGUUCCUACCCACAAUGCGCUCAACUCCAGCACAGACAGGGUCCCAAGGCACCUCAUCUCCAGAAGCACCAACCAAUGCAUUCACUUCCAGUGUUAGCAACACAAACCCACCUAUGACAGAAAUGCCAACUGCAUCACCCUCCACAGACUCCACCUCAGGAAAUACAGGGCACACAUCUCCAGCUGUUUCUCCAACUUCCACAUCUGCCAUUACAGGAAUCUCAAUGACAAAUUCACCAAAUGUCCUGUCAACAGUAACAUCUCCCAUCACGUCUAAUCAAGAAUUGUCAACCUCUUCUCAGAAUGGCCACACUGGAAGCAUGGAGACCAGCAGCAAUCCUCAAAGCACCCCUCUCACACAGGUGACCACAUCAACUCUGUCCUCUUCCUCAAGUGACUCAACUCCAGCACAGACAGGGUCCCAAGGCACCUCAUCUCCAGAGGCAACAACCAAUUCAUUCACUUCCAGUGUUAGUAACACAAACCCACCCAUGACAGAAAUGCCAACUGCAUCACUCUCCAUAGACUCCACCUCAGGAAGUACAGGGCACACAUCUCCAGCUGUUUCUCAAAGUUCCACAUCUAUCAUUACCACAGUCUCAAUGACAAAUUCACCAAGUGUCCUGUCAACAACCGCAACACCCUUCACCUCUCCUCAGGAAUUGUCCACCUCUUCUCAGAAUGGCCACAAUGGAAGCAUGGAGACCAGCAGCAAUCCUCAAAGCACCCCUCUCACACAGGUGACCACAUCCACUCUUUCCUCUUCCCCAAGAGGCUCAACUCCAGCACAGACAGGGUCCCAAGGCACCUCAUCUCCAGAGGCAACAACCAAUCCAUUCACUUCCAGUGUUAGCAACACAAACCCAACCACAUCAGAGAUGCCAACUGCAUCACUCUCCACAGACUCCACCUCAGGAAGUACAGGGCACACAUCUCCAGCUGUUUCUCAAAGUUCCACAUCUAUCAUUACCACAGUCUCAAUGACAAAUUCACCAAGUGUCCUGUCAACAACCGCAACACCCUUCACCUCUCCUCAGGAAUUGUCCACCUCUUCUCAGAAUGGCCACACUGGAAACAUGGAGACCAGCAGCAAUCCUCAAAGCAUCCCUCUCACACAGGUGACCACAUCCACUCUUUCCUCUUCCCCAAGAGGCUCAACUCCAGCACAGACAGGGUCCCAAGGCACCUCAUCUCCAGAGGCAACAACCAAUCCAUUCACUUCCAGUGUUAGCAACACAAACCCACCCACAUCAGAGAUGCCAACUGCAUCACCCUCCACAGACUCCACCUCAGGAAAUACAGGGCACACAUCUCCAGCUGUUUCUCGAACUUCCACAUCUGCCAUUACAGGAAUCUCAAUGACAAAUUCACCAAAUGUCCUGUCAACAGUGACAUCUCCCAUCACCUCUAAUCAGGAAUCAUCAACCUCUUCUCAGAAUGGCCACACUGGAAACAUGGAGACCAGCAGCAAUUCUCAAAGCACCCCUGUCACACAGUGUUAG